AUGCCCAAACCACUCAUUGUACAGUUCACGCCUAUCAGGUCCUGUCUUGUCAAUUUGCCAGGCAAAUGGGUGAAUGCCUUGUUGGAUCAGAAAAAGCUGCCUCAAAAUGUUAUCUUGGAGGUCGUAAGCGCCUCUAAUAACAACGCAGACAAGUUGCCAGCAAAGAAGAUAUAUUGCGGUUGGUCGGGUGAAGCAUCCAAGCCUUUGCAGCCUAACUCUGUUUUCAUUCAUGGUGCAAAUGGAAAGCUUGAUGUGUUGGAGAUGGACCCUCAAUGGGGCAUGGCAGUUGGGUUGCAAGAUGGACAAAAGGUCAAUGUCGAAUUUUGCAGAAAUGUACCUGUGUGUACUACUGUUCAUGUGGAGCCUUUGACGGAGGAUGAUUGGGAGAUCUUGGAACUACAUGCAGGCUAUGUAGAAGAGAAUUUGUUGAGCCAAAUUCGAGUAGUGUAUACAAAUCAAAUUAUGUGUGUUUGGAUCCAUGGUAAAACGCUUGUACGAUUAGCUGUCGCUGAAUUGGAUCCCAAGCAGGAGUUUCUCAAGUUGACCAACCAAUCCGAAGUGAUUGUUGCACCCAAAGUGCGCAGACAAGCGACAACAGCAGCUGAAGAAGUGUCUGAUUUGCAACCUCAACCACAGCCCAAGAAGGUGCAGCCUUCCAUUGGCCUUCGUACCUGUACUGCAGUGAGUGUGGAUGCUCUCUCUGUCAAAAUCCACCCUGAUUCCAUGGGAGCACUAGGCCUGCAAUGCGAACGAGUGCGACUCACCAAACUUGUGCCUGCAUUCAUGUCCAAUGCAAGCAAGAAGAGAGACGAGGACCAGCCAGCUCAAGAAGUGGAAGACGUGCCAGUGGCAAGAGCCGUAUUUGCCAAUGUGGUAGUGACCAAGGAGGUGCCUUUACGACACAUUGUAAUUGGAUCUGUGCUGAAAGAUACACUGGAUAUAAAGGAUUUCGACAUGGUCAAAGUCUCCACCAUUGGCAUCAAAAAGAAUGCAGUUGGAUCUUUGAUUUUGAAGCGAUUUGUGACACCUACGCCAUCAUCAUCGACUAUCAAAUUAGGUCUGGAGAGUGUUCAACAACUAGCUCAACAGAAACUGACAUUGGAAAAUGAGACUACAAAAGCACUGCAAGAAUGGCUGUCUCAGCAGGAAGGGGAAUUUACGCUGAGUCAUGGCCUGUUGUUGAAUCUAAAGGUAAACGACAAGCAAGAGCAGUUCCUUGUACAACUAGGAGCCAAGAAGGGAUUAUUCGGUAAUAGCAACAGUCAAGCACCGACAGAUGCAGAGCAAUACAUCGUGACCAACAACAAGCAAGCCAUCCCUAUCGAAUUUGCACAAGACAUCCAGAAACAGCCUACUGCUGCAGACAAGAAGGGAAAGGCGCCUACUGAUAUUGUCCUGGGCGGUGUUGAUAAAGUGCUGCAAAAAAUUGAACAAUAUACGCUGGCCAACUUAUCUGAGCGUGAUUUGAAGGACACCUUAAGUGUACCUGGAUCAGGCGGUGUGCUUGUCACCGGCACGCAUGGUUCUGGCAAAACGAGCGUUGUCAAGACCAUCCUCAACAGCGUGCGAUCAUCUUGGAUUUACACUAUGGAAAUCAAUUGCUCAGAGAUUGCCGACGAGCGCAUUCCUGUGUUCAAAGAGAUGCUGCAGAGAUGGUUUGAUGAAGCAGCCUGGCACGGGCCCUCUUUGAUCUUCUUUGACGACUUGGAUCGACUCAUUCCUGCCGAGGUUGAACAUGCAGACUCGACUCGUAGUCGCCAUCUUGCCGAACUCUUUGUCAGCAUGGCACAGAUUGCAUGCCAACGACACCCCAUUAUGAUGGUGGCCACUGCUCAGCAACAACAAUCACUGCAUCCUGCGUUGAUCACUCACCAUAUAUUCAGCGAGUUGAAGCAUCUUCAGCCACCCAACCGCGAUGAGCGCAAAUUGAUUAUGCAAGCCAUCAUGUCUCAUGGGCCUAGUGUGCUGACAGAGAGCCUCUCACACAUUGAUCUGGUUUCAGUUGCAUCAGAAACUGAGGGAUUUUUAGCAGCGGAUAUCAAAGCAUUCAUUGAAAGAACCGUACACGAAGGAGCAGUCCGUAGCAUCAAAAAGAAGCUGGAUGAUAUUAAGCAAGGCGAGAUUGAAGACGCAGUAAACAAGCAGGAAUUGCGAUUGACACAAGCCGACUUUACCAAGGCACGCGAAGGAUUCGUACCAACCUCGCUUCGUGGUGUUAAACUUCAAAGCUCAGGUGUUAAUUGGUCUGAUAUUGGAGGUCUCAAUGAAACGAGAAAGGCGUUAUUAGAGACAUUGGAAUGGCCCACCAAAUACGCAGCCGUCUUUGCACAAUGUCCUCUUCGAUUGAGAUCAGGUCUACUCUUGUAUGGCUAUCCUGGCUGCGGCAAAACCCUAUUAGCAUCUGCAGUAGCCAAAGAAUGUGGCUUAAACUUUAUUAGUGUCAAGGGUCCUGAGAUUCUGAACAAGUACAUUGGUGCUAGUGAAAAGUCUGUGCGUGAUUUAUUUGAAAGAGCACAAGCAGCCAAGCCCUGUGUCCUCUUCUUCGAUGAAUUUGAUUCGAUUGCGCCUCGCAGAGGACACGAUAGCACUGGUGUAACAGAUCGCGUAGUCAACCAAAUGCUAACACAAAUGGAUGGUGCAGAAGGUUUAGAUGGUGUCUAUGUGUUGGCAGCUACAAGUCGCCCUGAUUUAAUUGAUCCAGCUCUACUCCGCCCAGGUCGACUUGACAAAGCAUUAUUGUGUGGCAUGCCAACAUUUAAUGAGAGAUUAGAGAUUCUCAAAGCACUUGCCUCCAAAAUGCAAUUGGCAGCAGAUGUCGACUUGAAGGUGUAUGCCGAAAAAACUGAAGGAUUCUCGGGAGCAGAUCUCCAAGGCUUUUUGUAUAACGCACAUUUGGAAGCGAUUCAUGGUGCCAUUGAUAUGGAUACCUUCAAGGAGGCACAGAAUAUCAAGUCAGCAAACAAUGCCAGCAGCGACAAAAGUGAUUUCGUGAUGAAUCAAACCAAAAAAGUGCCAUUGACAUUAGCCGAGAAGGGGCAAAUAUCACAGCGAUUGGCAAUGAUCAAAAAGGGCAAACUGUCAUCACCAUCAACAUUAAAGGAUGCGUCAGAUUCCAAAGAGAAAAACAUACCAUCUGAGCAUAGCAGUGAAGCUAAAAUCACUCGCAGUUAUCUCGAGAAAUCGCUCAAAUCCACAAGACCAUCGAUUACCGCAGAAGAAGCACAUCGAUUAGGAUUGAUUUACAAUGAAUUUGUUACUGGCAGAACGGGUGAGCUCCCAAAUGGUGAAGGCGAUAAAGGCGUUGGCAAGCGCUCCACCCUGGGUUAA